AUAGCGCCGAGAACGGCUCCAGGAAAAGCAACACUGGGCAGUGGUUGGCGUCAAUUAUGGCGCUGAGCGGUAGCGUCAGCGGCAAAGCGCCGGCGCGGGAGCGGCAAAAAUGUUCCGUUCCUGGCGAUUACGUUGCCUCCAUGUGUGUGCGCGAUGCCGUAGAGCAGUCGAACGGAAAGUUCCCCAGUUUCCGCGAGCCUCGCGAGAUCGGCAACUUCUCGCUUCUUGGCGAGCAGCGCGAGUACGUGGACGGUGCCGCGCAGAUGAAGUAUCUGCGAAUGCCGAAUCAACGGCAUCGACUCAUGUGGGACUUGAACCGCGGGUACGAAGUGGCAGUGCGCAGGGACCGCUCGUUGAACGAGAGGCUUGACAACUUGCUUCGAUGGAUCCUCCGUAACAAGGACAAGUUCCUACUGAGCUCUGCUGCGCAGCCUUCCGGCGAGCCGCCUCCACCCUCCGAACCCCAAAGCCUACACACAGACUUUGUCUGCUACCGGGGCCUGCUGACGCGGCUGGCAUGUACGGCAUACGAGGCACGCGAGGACUGGCUUCUGGCGGCGUGCCGUUUUCGAGGCAGCAUCUACCUGUGUGCCUUCGAGACAGAUUCGGAGCGCAAGCGGCGACUCGAGGAUGCAGCUGACCCCCGCCGCGACCGUAUGUCAUUCUGGGGCUACAAGUUCGAGCAGUACAUGGUCAGUGUGGAGCCUGAGGGUGUGCCCGAUGUGGACGCGGUGGUGAACGAGUGCGAGGAGUACUGCAUAGUAGUGCGAAGUCGGCUCGAGUCGCAUUCCCUCGUCUUUGGUGCCGAGGUGGAUGGUGUUGACCCUCGGGUGCACAGACAUGGGCGGCAGUCACAGCCAGGCUCUACGGGCAGCUACAUUGAGCUGAAGACCUCACGAGAUUGCCUCUCUGAGCAGCAGUACCGCAACUUCUGUCGGUUCAAGCUGCUCAAGUGGUGGGCGCAGUCCUUCCUGGUGGGGAUCCCACGAGUGUUGUGUGGCUUCCGUGACGACAAUGGUCUAGUAGGCACCCUCGAAGAGCUGGACGUCCGCGAGAUGACCCACAGAGCCAAGGGCGUGUGGUCUGGUGCGGUGUGCAUGAACUUCUGCAACCAGCUGCUGUCCUUCAUCAAGAAGCACGCCACACAGGACGACCCAGAGGUGGUCUACCUCUUCCAGUACCUGCCCUCAUCUCGUGAGAUUGUCUGCACGCAUCUCGCCGAUCCCGGGGAGUUUGCUGUACUGCCCGACUGGUACCUGCAGGCAUUUGAUGCCACAUGAUGUGCGACUGCACCUUUCACGUGCUUGUUAUGACUGUGCUGACUGACGAGUUCCCGAACUGGGCAUUAUGCCGUGUAUGAUGUCUUGUCGAAGUUCACGUCUCUACUGAGUGCUCGCUGGCCUUCCGAGAGGGUGGAACAUGCAGGCUGUUCGAGGCAGAUGUGGGUGGUGAGUGCGAUGUUGCCAGCACUAGUUUUGAAAUAGGCUGGCUGAGCUGGACGCUGUCUGUAGACUAUGUGACAAACGACAGAAAGCAGAAGACGGGGGGGGGGGGGGGGCUUUAACAUACAGGACUUUGAUACUGGAAUGUAGGAAUACGUCGUGAAUGUUACUGGAAUAGGAGGGCCAGGCAACAUCAAUUGUGCAGCUAAAGUAUUGGCUGAUUUCUGCUCAGAUGUUGCACAUGGGUGGAAUUUUGCGGUGAACUCAGUUUGAUAACAUGAUUGCCUUCACUGGCCUGUUUUGUUCACAGUUAAGCUGAAGUGUCAUUACAGCCUUGUCAUGAAAACUGAGUUUACUGCAACAAAACAGUGGCGCCUUGAUUUUCUUCUUGACUGUUUGUGAAUUUGACUACCUUUGACAGCUUACCUUGAAAAUUUGGCUACAUCUGUCACUUUUCUUUUCCAUUCUUUUUUUCUGAGAAAAUUUAACUGCACUAGUAGAGUUUCAUUUGUUUUUGACUACAUGAAAUGCAGUGCUGCUCCAUCUCAAUGAUGUAGCAAUUUGCAGCUUGUUUUAUAUCGGUUACUACAUUCCAGUAUUCAUAAAGUUUACCCACAACGACCUAGAGGGAAAAGUGUUGCCCUUGUGUACGUGGGAGUGCUGGUAACUAAGGCGAGCUUCAGGUUUGGCAUCUUCCUUUGAAAGCCAGGGCACCAUGUCUGGCGACACUGGUCCCUGCGAGGACAGCAUAUAGUAAGAUGUCAUUUUUAUUACAAUGUUAUACAAGAAUUUAUUAUUAAAGCUAAACACUGAAGCCUGAAUUGUACAUUUAGUUGGAAAUGCAGUACGGUUGAUGGCUUGCUAUAUUUUAAAAGUGUUUUUUAAAUCUUUUAUAUCUGAGCAAACAUAAAUGCAACAUGCUAUAAAAAAAAGAAUGUGUUGUUUGAAGAUUUAAUUCCGACAGGACUUCAUUUGCACAGCCAUUACCAUGUUUCAUGACAAGCUAUACAUACUCAAAGACGAGCUGAGUGCUCAGCAGACGCAUGAUGUUGCGGCUCCUUUUAACAAAUUCACAUAGACAGUAGUGCCAGGUUUCCCUCUAGGUGGUAUUGUGGGAAACCACAUGCCACUAGUGAACGGUGUAUCUUCUGCUUUAGUGCUCGUCGUCUGCUACCAUUGUCUGGCACUGGUUUUUGCCACAUUCAGACAGGCCGGUUUGCGUCACACAGAUUGCAUGAGCAUGCCCUCGGAGACAGGGCGGCCCACAAAGGGCCCUGUAUAUUGUAGGCCAUGGUGCGAGUGAAUGGGUGCCUCCUUUCACGAGAAAAAGGCACUGAUCUCAAAAGGAAGGUGCUGUGCACCUUUGAAAACAGUGUUUUCUAGGUUGCCAGUGCCUAACACUGCUGAGGCCCUUAACAUUUUGUAUUUGCAAAUUCUUUUUUUGAGAAGUGUUGCCGUAUUGUAAAUUGUUGAGGCACAAGGCAGUGUGCAUAUGAGAAACAGCUCUUGCAAGAAGAAAUGUAUUUAUCACUGUAUUUAACAGUGCCUGCUUGACUGUGGGAUUUUAUUAAACACAAUGGGAGUGGAAGGAAAAAAAGGAUGAAAGAAAAGCCAUAAUUAAAGCUGAAGUUUGCAAUUACCUGUGGGCAUAAUCUCAUUAUUUGCUAAUAUAUAACAGUGUCAAGCUUAGAAAAAUAUUUCAGCAGUUAUUCCUAUGUUUGGUCUCCAUACAGUGGAAGUUGUAAAAUGCCGUUUGAGGAGCCUUCUCCUAAAAUAAUUUUUCAAAUCGGUUCAUUACUGGAGGAGAUAAAAAGAAAUUAGCUUUCCUGUUACCAAUGCUGCCUGGCGGCAACUGUCACUGCCAACGGAGACACUCUUCCCAUUUUUCUCGGCUAGUAUCCCACGUGCAGUAUUCCUUCGCUGCCUUCUCCCAUACCAGAGCUGAGGGACUGCAUCAUGCUCAGGCAUUGAGCCUCCCCCCCCCCCCCCCGCUUGUCUUUUUUUCUCUGCUGUGACGUGCAUUUACAGUGGCGGCAUUGCAUCUCCCGCAUUGGAUGAUUAACCAAAAUCACGUGUCGUGGUGAGUGGCGUAGCUACUAAUGAUGCAUUUUACAUCAUGGUGCGUGUGACCUCAAUUCUCGAGCUGGGAGUCGAGCUUCUUUGAGGCAGAGGGUACACAGCGUUUGGUUUAAAACUUUAGCUGUUUUUGCGGCACGCAGUGCUGUAAUACUUUGCAGAUACAGUCGCCAGCACGCAAUAUAUAGGCUGCGCUUGUCUGUUUAAAAUGGCCAAAGCUUCUUAGGCGCCCUUUAGGUGAGCAGCUUGUAAUUUGGUGUCUCGCUGUAUAAGUUGGAAAGGCUUCUACGUGCUGAAACUUGGAAUUCGAAAGUUAAGAUAGUGUGAUACACACAGGACAGAAAAAAAGAUAAUGAGACAUCCGAGUGCCAACUUGCAGCUGACAACCCGAUGAAAACCCUCUGUGGACUGUGGCGGCACGUGCAAGGCCAGCCACAGUCACUCCCAUUGCCACGAAGGUAUACAUGGGCAUUAAAGCACUGCAUACAAAGCACAGAAUGAUGUAAACGAGCUAGGAAAACUGGAAGGCAACCUCGAACUUGCAAGAAUAACAGUAUGCAAAACACUGGGCACGUCGCGCAUGCCUGAAGAGCUGUAUCCGCAGCGUAAGGAAUUAUUUCUUUUUCUCUGAGUGAAAGAGAUGGCACGCUGACACAAGUGUCCAGCCCCAACCCACCACUGGUUCAAUGACCUCCUUACCUUAGCAUGCUAAAGAAUGACCGUCUCUUUGAAUUAUCUGGUCUUUUCUUUUUUUUAGGUCAUUUUAUUCUUUGCAUGCAAUGUCUUUUCAUCAUGUGCACUUUCAUGGUGUUAGGAGUGGUUGUAGCUGUCCUUGGCACAUGUGCCGCAGCCCAAGGCGCUUGAGUGUUUUUAUCAGGUUGUCAGCUGGAAGUUAGCGCUGGUAUUUCUCGUUGUAUUCUUUGGGUCUUGCGUGUGUUGCUUUAGUUGAACUAUUUAAUGGUGUACAGUACCAACGGGCUGAAAUGUCUACACUUUUGAAUUUCAAUUCUGCGUACCAAGGCUUUGCAGGAACUCGGCUUUCUUGCAAAUUCUGUGUCCCUCACACUUUUAUGGACAGUGGUCUCUGGUGUGCGCAGUGUAAGCUACCCGCUUUAGGUGUGGGCACGGUGCUUGCAGGAUGGGCUGGCCACGCUGCUGGAAGUGUUCGUUCUUCUGGGGGCUGUUUUCUGCAAGUGUUUGUUUUGAUGCGAAAGCAUUAAAUGGCUCACGAGGCAGGCAGUCCAGCAGUGGUGGUCUGACCACAUGAUGGUACAAAAAGGAUACAAACCCCCCCACCUUUGGUGGUAAUUAAGGCAAAGUUAAUUGAGGUAGACUUAAGGCACUCAAUCCCUCGACCUUAGUCGAACCCACGACCUUCUUGCGUUGUGGCAUAAUGUUUAAGCACCACGUGGUGGUCGCAAUGCUUUCACAUUUAUCCACAUAGGGAUAAUUAAGUGCGCCUUGAAUUUUUUUGUGUGUGCAACGAAUAAAAUGUCGUGACUUUUUUUCAUCAUCAAAA